AUGCUCAAUCGAUCUUGCGAACGCUGUAGGGUGAAGAAAUUACGAUGUCCAGGCGGAAAGAUUUGCGAAAUAUGCAUAACGGCAGAUACCAAUUGCAUCUAUAAACAAAGAAAGAAGAAAGUUAUGCGGAAAAAGAGGUUAAAUCAGACUAUUAUACCUCCAAAAUCACGAUCAAAUUCCGACAAUACAUCAGAUGAUGUAUCUCGCGAUAGUUUCCCAUCAGAAAGUACGCCGGCAUCGUCUAUCCAUCCACCCUCGCUAAGCUCAAGCUCGACUUCUGCCAGCGCCACGUCACAAUUUCAAACAUGUAGACCUUUGAAUGAAUUGAACCAAUCAUUAAACCCAGGACUAUUUCCGGACGAUCUAGAGAGCUUAUUGCAUGAAGCACGUUCCACAAUCAGCUUUUCAUUGGAAGCAUGCGAAAUCCUACUCAACCUCACAUUCAGAUGGCGGAUAUUACCAACAAUCCAUGGUUGUAUCCACAUUGACUCUCUCAUUCAACUUUUGCGGACGUUGUUUGCUAAAACUGAGAGGUAUCACGGUGCCAUUCGUCAAACAAUCACCUUCGAUCAAUUGACCUUGAUUUUGCUCACACUUUCGGCAACACUAUAUUUUGUUCCACCCGAUGGCGAUCACGCAGCUGCUCUUCGUACGGCGCUCAAGCUGUCCAAGAAUAUGAAGAAAGAGGAUGCAAUCGCAUCUCAGCGUGCAAUAUUUUUAAUGGCCGAACGAAUGAUCUAUACGCGAUUGAGCAAUUACGAUUCUUCCUUGGAAGGCAUUCAAAGUAGUAUAAUGUACAUCUUUCACCAUCGAAGCAAUCAAGCCACAACUGAGCAAAUAUACGAUCGUGCACUACGGUGUGCUUUGAAGAUGGGAUUGCACAGGAUAACGGGUUAUAGUUCCUCGGAUGAGGUAAAGGUGCGAAUAUGGUGGUAUUUGGUAACGCGAAAUUGGCUCGCUGCUCCUGCUACUUGGGUGUAUACCAUUUUCCCUGGUCAAUUUUCCACGCGAAUGCCACUCAAUGUAGAGUAUAGUGAUCUCGAAUUCGGACUGGAUAAGGACACAGUGCAAACCGUGCGAAGGGAUUGGACGCCGGCAUCAUAUUCUCUAGCUCUUAUUACGCUUGCAACAACCAUUCGUGAGCUUGUGGAUAUGCAUAAUUCACUCCAAAUUUCUGAAGAGAAUCAUGGCUUGCAACUUGAAACCGCUGCAAGAUCUCCAAGUCGCACAGCAUUCCAGAGUAAAAUUGUCAAAUCGUUCGAAUUGUUAGCCAAAGAAUACGUUUGGUAUUACAGAUUGGAAGAAAAAUUUACUAUCUCUAAAUCCACGCAACACGAUCUUUCACUUUAUCAUGGUGGUAGGAUAGAGAUCGAAAGGUGGAUGUUACAUCAACAGAUGUUCCAUUGUUUCUUGGAGUUGCAUGAAGUUGAUUCAUUUAUCGAUCAAGACGUUCCUACGAGUUGUUUAGCUUUGGCAUAUCAUAUUUUGGAUACCGUUCAUCUUAACGCUCGACGUUGUAGCGUGAUGAGCUCUUCAAGCUUACCGAAGCGAAGUUUGAUCACUGCAGCCAGUGUUGUAGCUUUCCAUGUUUUGAACAAAGGUCAACUUGAUGAAAGUUGGAAGGAAUACAAGGAAGUAGCUGCAGCAACCGCCAAGGCCAAAUUGUUGGCUGGUGAAGUGAACUUGCAAACGCUUUCAAGAUUGGAAACGUUAUUGAGCUCUUGGUCAACGAUUGUUCCCAAUAGGCUGAAUGAUGAGGUGAAAGAGGAGAUCAAGAAAUGGGAAGUAAAUGAUAUUUGGGUGAAUGAAUAUGCUACCCAAUUAGCAGAUACAAAUGCACAAGCUCAUAUUAGCUUGAAACAUUUACCUGAUCUCAUACCACAACUUUCUCACGUUAUGCCUGCUUAUCAAGCGGACAUCGGUGAUGCGGAUUGGGAAUCAGUUUGGGCGCAGCUGUUGGCGAAUAAUGAAUUUCCUUUCGCGGGAAAUUCAAAUGUAUCAUAG